AUGGUGGAUCGCGAGCAGCUGGUGCAGAAAGCCCCCGAGCAGGCGGAGCGCUCCGACCACAUGGCCGCGGCCAUGAAGAACGUGACAGAGCUGAAUGAGCCACUGUCCAAUGAAGAAAGAAACCUUCUUUCUGUGGCCUACAAGAAUGUAGUUGGGGCACGCCGUUCUUCCUGGAGGGUCAUUAGUAGCAUUGAGCAGAAGACUUCUGCAGAUGGUAAUGAAAAGAAGAUAGAGAUGGUCCGUGCUUACCGUGAAAAAAUAGAGAAGGAGUUGGAAGCGGUAUGUCAGGAUGUGCUGAGUCUGCUGGAUAACUACCUGAUCAAGAAUUGCAGUGAGACCCAAUAUGAGAGCAAGGUGUUUUACCUGAAGAUGAAAGGGGACUAUUAUCGCUACCUGGCUGAAGUAGCUACUGGAGAGAAAAGGGCAACUGUUGUAGAAUCAUCUGAGAAGACCUAUAGCGAAGCCCAUGAGAUCAGCAAGGAGCAUAUGCAGCCUACUCACCCCAUUAGAUUAGGCCUGGCUCUUAACUACUCCGUUUUCUACUAUGAGAUCCAGAAUGCCCCAGAGCAAGCUUGCCACUUGGCCAAGACCGCCUUCGACGAUGCCAUUGCUGAGCUCGACACUCUCAAUGAGGACUCCUACAAGGACUCCACUCUCAUCAUGCAGCUUCUUCGCGACAACCUAACGCUCUGGACAAGCGAUCAGCAAGACGACGAUGGUGGAGAAGGCAACAAUUAAGGCCCCCCAGGUGGACUGGCAGCGCACGCUGAUGCUACUACUGCAGUCUUUAUUUUUUUCCCAUGAGUUUGGGGGUCGGGUGGGGGAGGGAAAAGGAGGGAUGACCUUCCUAGAGAGAAACCCAUGACCUGUCCUGUCUUUGAUCGCCUCUUUGACAUAUUUGCCAAAAUACCACUAGUGGAAGUCAGGCUAGCUGUGCUGGUAUUGGAAUAGCGGCCUCACACCGGCAUAUGGACUGUUCUGUAGAUUAAUGCAAGUGGAGCUGUCUGUCUUUAAUUUAACUUAUUGCUAGAUAAUAGGAUUUUAGGACAAAAAGAAAACUUCAGUGGAAUGGCCCUCAUUCAGUAAGUUCUGUGGUUCCAGUAAGGAUUUUUAUGUACAUAUGCUCUUGUCUUAAGUUUUGGGUAUUUUCUAUCUCAUUUGUUUUAGCUGUGCAUUUUUUUCAGGGUGUACUCUACCAGACAUGAAUAGUUUAAAUCCCAAACUGACAGACUUAGAACAUAAGGUAUAUUUAUCCUUAUGGUUUAGGCCUUGCUAGUUUUCUGAAGUCUCUGAUUAGUAGACAGUAUUAACACUAAAUUGCAGUUUACAGUAUUUCUACAUUACAGCCAUAUGUAACAUCAAGCCAUUGAUUGUGUAUUUUUCUUUGAUAGUUAUUUUGGCUUUACAUCCUUAUUCAGCCUUAUCCAGGUUGGUUAUCUCUCUCCUAGGCCAAAGGCUUGCCUGAGGAAUAUCAAUGCUACUUUAGGUUUUGGUUAAUAGGUGCUUGGCGGGUGGCUAUGGGAUUUUCGUCUUUCUUUCCUCUUAAAUCCACCACAAAAAUUAUUAAUCACUUUAAUAGAAAUGUUAAACACCACAAAAAUGGAGAAAAUUCAGGUCUGUAUGUCACUUAUUGCAUCGAUACUUUCAGAGAACUCCUGAUUUGUAAGCUGCCACAGCUCCUUCCUCAGGGAUUAUGCUGCCAUUUCACUCUUCACUUGAGUCUUCCCCACUGUACCUUAUGCUGACACCACUCAGUUGGGUUGUAGAAGCCGGGUGGUCAUUUUGAGAAAGUUCAUAGUGCAGUGUGUGAAAAUUCAGGUGCUAGAAGCUUACUGGUAGAAAAAUCCAAAAGGAAGAGCUCUAUUCAUAAACUUUGUCCCGGUUCUGGGAGCCUUGUAAAUGUGUCAGUUUUUCCUCCCUGAAAACACUCUUUCCCCAAUUAAUUGUUACAGGAAAACAAACUAAAAUCAUUAUCGGAUAAUAAAUAAAUCCUAUUUGACCAAAACUUUUUCUAUAUAUUUUUUUCUCUUCAAUAAAAGCAUAGAAAUCAGAGAUUCAUUUCGUGUGCAAUCAGUGCACGUUUUAGAAUGGAAGGAAACCACAUUGCUGUUUUCACAAAGUUGUUUUCAUUUAGCCUAGGUCCUUCAUUCUCAUUUAGGAUAAAUCUGUCUGAAAACAUGGUCUGUUGCAUGUGUGUUCAGCCUUUUUUAUAAGAUCAGUAACUGUGAACUCCCAAGAUAGAUAAUUACACCAGACUUGUUUUCUUUCUUUGUUUUAUUUAGGCAAGGAGAGGUAUCAGUAAUGAAUGAGGAAAACUGACACUUGCUUUUGCUAAAACCACAAUUGAGCUUACAAUUAUGAAAUGAAUACAUUUAAAGAGAUCCAGGUGACAGUAAAGAGAGAAUGGUGAUGAUACUCUAUAACAUUGCAGUUUAUCAGCAUGACUUUUCUUAGAAGGUCCCCUUCCUAUGCUAGAGUGAAAGUCCCCAACUAACCGUACCCUACCAGAACUAAUAGAAGAAAGCUCUACAGGGCCCUAAAGUCAAUGCCAUGGAUGGGAAAAGAUUUGGGGUGGGGGUAGGUUGGGUUUUCCUUAAUUUAUCUUCCAUGUCCAGUGAACAGUGUUGUGUCAUUGUAGCAUUUGGAAAUGAUUUACUGGAAUUACAAAACCCAUAUAUAUAUUUUUAAUUUCAGCUUUAGCUCUGGCUGCUUUU